CGCAUGCGCAGAGGACCAUAUACGGUUGGCGAUUGAAAUCUGUCAGCUCAGCGGAGCGAACGUUCAUCUAAUACGCGUAAAUAUUCCACUCUGCUUUCUUCUUCUACCCAGCGCGACAGACGUAACUCAAACACGAGGUGUCCUCACAUCCGGACUGGAACUUUUCAUCGUGUGUAGCCGAAGGAAAACAACAAAGAAUGACGAGCAGUUCAAAGCGGAAAGAAGAAAGUCAUCUGCUGAAUGGGGGAGUGAAACAGUCCACAUGGAGCAAAGCCUUCAACAGUAACGCUGUUUGGGAAGAGAAGGAUGAGUUUCUAGAUGUGAUUUACUGGCUCCGACAAAUUAUUGCAAUAAUCCUUGGUGUGAUAUGGGGCGUUGCACCGUUGAAAGGAUUUCUGGGAAUAGCCAUAUUCUGCAUCAUCAACGCUGGCGUCCUUUAUGUAUACUUCAGCAGCUUUCAGCAGAUUGACGAAGAAGAGUACGGUGGCACAUGGGAACUCACCAAAGAAGGCUUCAUGACGUCUUUUGCUCUGUUUCUGGUGGUGUGGAUAAUCUUUUACACAGCACUACAUUUUGAAUGAGAAGACUCCAUUAGGACACUUAAAAUACGAACAUUUCUGUUAAAGCCAGUUGUCAAGACACAGGAACUCCAUGAACUGAGAGGGGCGUCAACACUCCUCCAUUACAGUAUGACUUCUCAGUGUGCAAGUGUGUCACGGGAAUCCUACAUUGAUAGCGAGAUACUGCAAGACCAAGCGUGACGAUCAUGUUCAGAUCCUCUACAUCCUCUAAUUUGAGUGUUCUUUCAUCACCAGUACACUUCCUGUCUGUUAUAUUUUAUUUCCUCAUUACAGUCUCGGACAAAUCAAUCUCUGACAAAGCGGUGAAAUGCAGGAAGUGGUUCAGCUCAGAUUUGUGGCAGGUCAGAUGCUUUGUGAAAAGUGAACACCACAACUUGUAUGUGCAUUUUAUUCCAACUUACUGCUCAUGAACUGGUCCCUUUAAUUACAGGAACUGGGCAAUAACAAUAAGAGUCUUACAAUCCAAAGUGUUAUCCUCAUCUAGAGACAACGUGCACCAUGUCUGCUGUGAUUAACCACCGGUAACGGAUUCAUUCUGAGGCUUCACACUUUUACUCCAACAAUAUGCUUAUUUGCUUGUUGUUGUUUUUUUUUUAACCUAUUCAGACGUGGUCAAAUGCCUUGUAAAGGCUUGUAAACCGAGUCCAGAGCAGGUGCAGAAGUCCAGUUCUCUCUCAGAUCACACUUUGUUUUUUUUUAAUAACACAAAUGCUGGUUGUUCAGAUGCACAUGACAGAUGCUCGAUAUCCAGUCCCAAUGCCAGUAUCUGCUAACCGUAUUGCUGCACUGUAAUGUCAUUCAAGAGCUUAUAACAUCUUUACAUCCAAAUAAAUUUAUUGCGCGUGUGUGCAUGACACAUCAGGAUGCAAACUCACAGACUUAAGCAAAAAUCUUGUUUGUGCACUGCCGUGAUUUACUUCAAAAAAUCUCACAUGUCAUGGGUGAAUGGAACUAGUUAGGUGGCUAGAACUAAUUUAAAAUGUAUUGUUUUCCUCACACGUAGCUUCAAGAUCAAAGUCUAACCUGUUGUUUUUGGGAUUAUUUAAAAGUUGUCUGUAAAUUCUUAAUUAAUGCCCUUUUUUGUCCACAAAUUGACUUAGAUUUAUUUGUACUCAUGUUAUAUCUUGUUUGAUGUAACAUUUCUCAGUAUUUUAUAGUGAAUAACUUAAAAAAUAAGAGUUGUAAUGAUACUGACAGUUCUCUUAGAUACACAGCUGGUGUUUGAAAGGAUUGUAUUUUCUGAUCAAAUCUUUUGGGAAUCAUUAAAACAUUGAUUUUGAAAGAGA